AUGCUAACGACCAUAAAAGUCUACAAAGGUUGUACCGCCGGAAUCGUCGUAGAGCAGUGUGUCUCAUCACAGAUGGUGAAUCCCCCCAGAUGUGAGCUUGACAGUCAAUCCAUUGAAGACUUCUCUGCACCUCCUUACUGCCCGCCUACAGUUGACCCCGACCUCUUCGUACCACUGGACACUGACCGCCCUGAAGUCGACAUGGCACCUUUCUCCUCCACCAAGAUCUCUGCCCGCCUUCAUGCCUGUAAGAGCACCGCACCAGGGCCGAACCGGCUCACGUACAAGCACUGGAGAUCACUCGACCCGGAAUGCAGCAUCCUCACACCUAUCUUUAACACGUGCCUCAAAGCUGGGAGGGUUCCGGACUCAUGGAUACGCUCCACGUCUAUCCUGCUUUACAAGAAAGGUGAGCCAACUGAUCUAAACAACUGGAGGCCUAACUCUCUCGGCACCACAAUCGCCAAACUCUUUGCGGGAUGUGUGGUAAAACGCUUGACCAACUAG